AUUCGACACCCGUGAACGACGCUCUUAUUAGAAAACUUUGCUAAUUAUAAAUAAUGCAACGGUAAUUCUUGUUUUUGUUAAGUUAAAUAUCAAAUUGGUGAUAUAGUUUUGGUAUUUUCAGUAAAAUAUAGUUUCUUUUCUGUGUGAAAAAUGUUGUUUUCUGUCGUGUGCAACUUCCGUGAAGCCCCAAGCAUUUUAAUUGCUCUGGUUCAGUAAUUUGAUUUAGGUCAUGGGUUAUUGCAGGGUUGCUAAGCAUUAUACCCAUGGAUAAGCGUCGGGAGCGUCCCGUGAGCUUGGAUUAUCAUAAUUAUGGAAACGGAAUCUGUGAGGUCCGAGUUUAGCAGCCGAUCGCGGCGAAGCUCAAGACACAGACAACACACGCAUAGAAGCACCCGGAGCACCAAGUCACGAAAGGAUACUGACGGCACAAUGGCACCAUUCCAGACAAGUGUUAAUCUAAACCCUGAAAUGGGUAGAGAUGGGCAAGAGGUCAUAGAAGUACAGAUAUUACCGCAAGACGAAAACUGGGGGGAGAACACCACUGCUGUAACAGGCAACACAUCUGAAGGUUCCCAGUCUAUGGAAGAUGUCAGUAACUGGCCCAUGGAGUCAGACAGUGGCAUUGGUUCUGUCUGUUCAAGAUACUUCAGCACUACAGUGACUCUUGGAUUGUCUUUCGUGUCGUUUGUGAGUCCGUUGGCAAUGGUUGUUCUGCCUAAGAUUGGAUUUUUUCCAGGGUUAACUGAUAAUAUAGCUAUACAACCAAGUCAGAGGAUUCAGUUGUUGUCUUGUGCAGCAGAAUGCAAAGGAAUAUUGCUCUCUUUAGCCUUUAAAUUAGUGUUACUAGCCAUCGGAGUCUGGGCUGUGUUCUUACGGCCCCGAAACGCAAUCCUACCAAGAAUAUUUGUAUUCAGAGCCAUGACAUUGGUUAUUCUUGCUGUAUGCACAUUUUCAUACUGGUUAUUCUACAUUGUACAAAUCACUGAGGCUACAAAAGCGUUGGCUCUGGGCGAAGAGGCGGUGGACUACAACUCAUUAGUGUCUUACGUAUCAAGUUUUGCUGAUACAUUAUUGUUUAUACACUAUAUAGCUGUAGUUUUGAUGGAAAUUCGGCAUUUAGAGCCGGUUUAUUAUAUAAAGAUCGUCCGAAGUCCGGAUGGAGAAAGCAGGUCUUAUUCUAUUGGACAGUUGAGCAUUCAGAGGGCAGCAGUGUGGGUGCUGCAGAAAUAUUACACGGAGUUUCCGAUCUACAACCCAUAUUUGGAGAAGAUACCAAUAUCGAAAUCUCAGAGGAAAGCCCAGUCAAGCAUCAAGUUCUAUGAAGUGGACGGUUCAAAUACUAAUACACCGGGACAGGCAAGAUCAACGACAGGCUCCUGCACGGGCAGCGCCAGCGGGCGCCGCCGCGACUCGGGCUCCACACACAACGAGCGCUACUAUGAAGAGGCGGAGCGCGAGCGUCGCGUCAGGAAGCGGCGCGCCAGACUCCUUACCGCCGCGGAGGACGCCUUCGCCCAUGUCAGACGAGUACGCGUCUCUAGUGCUAAUGGUGGAGCCCUAGGCCCGCGGGAGGCGGCGCAGGCGGUGUUCCCGUCGCUGGCUCGAGCCCUGCAGAAGUACUUGCGGGCCACUCGCCAGCAGCCGCGGCACUCCGCUGACUCGGUAUUGGCCCACCUAGCGCGGUGCCUCUCCCAAGACGCCUCACCACGGGCCUUCCUGGAACCAUUCCUAGUGGAAGGUCCAGUCCUCGCCGCGGACCAGGAAACCAGGCCGGUCCAACGCUGGUCCCUCAUCUCCGACGAGCUUCUAGCGCGUCCAUUGGCAGACAACAUCGAGUUUCAACUCAGGCAAGGGGACAUAUCCCUAAUUUGUACCAUAAAGCAACUCCCAAAAUUCAGUUUAAGCGAAGAAGUAGUCGACCCUAAGAGCAACAGGUUUGUUCUGAGGCUUAAUUCGGAGACGUCAGUUUGACAAGACGAGUUUCUUAAAGAUCACCGCUUGGUAUGACAUUCGGAGUUUAUUUAGGUGCUUGGAUAGGGUGAUUCUCUUCAAGAGUAUAAUGUGGCACAGAUAAGUGAGUGCUGCCUGUAAUGUGUGCCCAAUCUUGUAGUUACAAAUACUACAUACCUACAAUUAAUCCAUUACAUAAAUACAUCAAUCAAUUCAAUUCUCAAUUAUGCAUCUUGACGGUAAUCCAUUUCGUCAUAGAUAAUCGUGAUCGAUCGUCAGAUUCUUGACAUUCCACACACAUAAAAAAACACAGGCAGAGUUAUAAGAAAACCAUGUAUGUUCAAUCCUAUGACAAGCCGCCAUUGCUAGCCCUUUGAUGACGUGUGUGUUACCACUGUGUUACCAUUAAAUAGGUAUCUACAACUUUCCAAGGACGUACAUUUUAUUAUUGAAAAUUAAGUGAAUUACUGACUAAUGUAUUUAAUUACUAUUACUUGUCACAUAUAUAGGUAACUCUUUCAUUAAAUGUUCAAAAUGUGCUUGCAAAGUAAAUAUAAAAACAAUGGUCGUGGGUAAUUUAUUUUUUACGAAAUGGUAACGCAGGAUGACGUCAGCUGGGCUAACCUUGAAAUGUUAGCUGUCACUUUGGCAUACCUGGUCUUCUUAUACCAUGGGCAGAGUCACAAGCCAUCAAAGACAACUAACACACAACAUCAUCAAAUCUUGACAUUCGAAAUCCAAUAAAAAAGAGUAACUUGUAAUUGCAAGUAACAGGCGUAACAUUCGUUUUUUAAAUAAAGAAAUAUUUUUUUUUAUCCCUAUUCAAGCCACCUACCUCCAAUGUAUCUAUUGAAAAAUGGAUCAAUAUCAAUCGACCGAAGUAUGAUUAGUAAAAGAUAGGUAAUUACCGGCAGCUAAGAAGUUUUAAUGAAAAGCUUUAGUAAGGUUAAGGGUUUUAAAAUGACAAUCGAAUCGAAUCGGCAGUGCAAUAAAUAAUCUCAUUUAAAAAAUAUUCGAAUUAGAUAUAAGUGAAAUAAAAGAUUUGGACGCCAUUUUUUUUCUGAAGACUAAAACAUGCAUUUAGAUUUACAAUUUUAAUUUUAGUAUUGUAUAUUUGUGUCAUAUAUUUUUUACAAAUAUUGCCUGUAGGUUAAGUAAGACAAUUAUGGAUUUUACUAUGCACAAAAUAUUGAUUAGUUAUAAUUCGUUUGUAGUAGUUUGUGUAAGUAUGGCUGGAAAGUGUGCGUAUGUUAAAGCGGAGCGGUGUUAAGUUUUCGUAUGAAAAAUGUAUGGAUUUACACAAUGGAAUGUAUUACACACUUAACAAAAUAAAUAAAUAAUACCUGUGGAAAUUCAAUUAGACUUUUGAAGAAAGAGAGAAAAUACGGGGGGCGUUAGAGACAUCGUAACGAAUACUGAGGGGAUGAUUCAGACCAUGAUUCUGAGUUGAUAUCAAGAGGAAUUUCCUGUCAGUAAAUUCAUGUUUUUAGUGUUUUUUUUUUAAUUUAUUUUCAAUUCUAUACUUUCCCGAUGGAAUAUUCUACAUGAUAUUAACUCGGAAUUAUGUGCAGAUUCAUCCCACAAAGUUUUCGUUAUGAUGUCGCUAACACCCUGUAUAAUUGUCAAAAAAAAAGAACAGUCAUUAGCAAUAUCGUGUACGCACUUUAGAACCCUGUCGCACUAUCAUAUUUGACAUUUAAUGAGACGUACGGUUUAAUUUGUCAAAAAAGUUAAUGUGACAUGGUUUCAAAGUGUUUACAUAUUAGUACUUGUGACCAUACUUCCUAAUAAGGUCCGGCAUUGCUUGCGGAUUGGAAGGUCAGAAGACAGUCAGAUUAGGUAACCCCUCGGAAUAAACGUUAAGGCAACGAUAGAUGUCGCUCUAUGAGAUCUUAAAUACCGCUAUCGCUUAUGAAAACGCUACUUUACAGGCCACAUGCCUUUUACAUAAUUUAAUUAAUGAGAUUAUUGUACAUCCCAGUUUAUUCCAGUGUGUUAAUUUGUAUAGGCAAUUAUAGAUAAUUAUCAUAUCAUAGUGUAGGAUUAUAGUAUUUAUUCUGUAGGUGAAAUGCUAUUGCAGUUUAUGAUGCCUGUUAAAAAAAAAAAACUAUUUUUAACGUAAUGACAGGAAAGACUGCUUUUUAUACACAUUUUUAAUUUGUAUCGUAUUUAAAGGUGACUAAGGUUGUGUUUAGAACAAUUAUAAUAUCGCUAAAAAUAUACGAUGAAUUAUAUGAUGUCAAAUGUCCCUAAAUUGACCAAAGAUCGCACGAAAUAAUAGCUUAUCGCAACAUAUCAUAAGGUUUAAAAUCUAUGGAUUGGCAUUAUGUACUUUUAGGUGUUUAUGUAGAGUGUAAAAGGUUUAGAUCUCAUAUAAAAGGGACAGAGCUAUAGCGCAGUUUACCGUUUGGCUGCAUAGAGAAGAUAUAAUAGUGCUGAUUCCCGUACAAUUUUAUUUUAGUUAUACCUGUCAUUUUCUUAACCGCUGAAAAGGAAAGGGACGGGUAAUCGACAGGCAUAACAUUUAUGGAACACACGUCAAUUUUAGACACAAAUUAAAAAAAAACCCUUUCUAUAAUGUUAUAUUGGCCAAUAAACCGACAGGAUUAAGUUGUCAGUACACGUCAAACGGGUUGCAUAUCAGCGAGAUGCCUAUUUUAUUUGCCCGGGUUCUUGAUGAUUAACAGUUGUCAAUCAUCCGUCCCUUUCCUUUUCGGCGGAUAAGAAAAUGACAGGUAUAACUUAAAAUAAAAUUAGGAUGUGUGUGCAGGUAUCUUCAAUUAUUUAUUCGUCAAGAUUCGUUGCGCCAGAAACAAACAUAUGCAGCCUUUGUACGUCCCACUGCUGGGAACUGGGCAUUAGCUAGCGACGAAUGGGUUUACUGUACAUCUCUGCCUACCCUUUUAGGGUAUAGAGGCGCGAUGCUAUGUAUGUGUAUACGUCCUACUGUUGGGUACAAUUAAGUAGAGGAGGCAUGGAGCAUACUCUAACGUGCGGGUUGGUGGAGAUGUUUAGCUCAUACAGGAAACGGGAAAUAUUCCUUAUUAAAAUCUAAAUUAAACAUUCUGAAACCUUUUACACUUGUCGACAACAAUUAUUAAAAUCGUGUUGAUUCGGGCAAUCGCCAACUUAAUUUCAACUAAAUUUGACAGGUUAAAAAAACUAGUUGCAUCUCUUUCGUGCACGUAUUGUAAGUGAAAGACGGCACUAGUUUAAGAGUUGUCAAACUGAAAUUCGGUUAAGUUUGUCUCCACCCGAAGAGGCACCAAUGAAUGCUCAAAUAUAAGCCUUUUGUAAAUGCUUGUGCCUGCGUAGUGUUAAGCUGAAAUUAAGGAAUUGUGGUUGUCGAGUUUUCGAAUGAUGUAUUUUAAAUUAUUGAAUCAAAUGCCUUUUUAGGGAUAUUGGUAAGGGAAAAGUAACUUUAUGUGGAUUUUAGGGAAUAAGGUCGAUUCUGGCACAUUUAUUGAAUGUAUUUAACUUAUGUAUCAUAUAUAAACAUAAACAGCCUGUGUACGGUCACGAGCAUUAAUAUGUAGACACUUUGGUACCAUGUCACAUUUACUUUUUUGACAAAUUGAACUGUAAGUCUCACUAAUUGUCAAAUAUGUUACUGCGACAGGGUUCUAAAGUGGGUACAGGAUGUUGCUCAUGACUGCAUCCUAAGUAUCAUAAUAGUUUAAUUAUUUAAAUAAAACGAAAAGAAUCGCCAGUUAUGUAGAAAAAUUACAUGGAAUUUAAUUAAAACACAUAAUAACGGGUUCUUACCGCGCGCGCGGGAAAGAACCCGUUAUUGUUUUAAUUAUGAUAAGCACCGCGUAAACUUAAAACAUGGAAUUUAAGUUUCAUUUUUUAAAUGUUUUACUAUUAUAUUCUAAAACAUUAUAUAAUUUGUCAUAUUUGUAUUUCACUUACUAUAUCGACCCAGAAUCGCAUCGUUUACAUACACCUUAACAGUGAGCUUUAAUGUAUUUAAACAAUUUCAUAUCUUAUACCGCCGUAAUAAGCUACAACUAUCAGACUGUUUAGAUGCAAUAGUACAUAGUCAAAAGGAAUCUCAUAGCACAAACUGAGUGAUGAUAGCACAAUGACAUUAAAUGUAAUAAUUUGUACACUUUUGUAUUGAAAUAUAUCAAUUAAAACAUCA